UUUAAGGUUUGACCGGGUAGACAUAUAACAAUCAGGUUAGGGUUUCUCAUCCUCUACCAAAAAUCUGAGCGAGAAGGUUUCCAGUGCGUGCGGCUUCACCAAAUCCCUCCUCCGCAAUUCCACCAUGGCUGAACAAACUGAGAAGGCUUAUCUCAAACAACCCAAAGUGUUUUUAUGCUCGAAGAAAUCUGGUAAGGGGAAGAGGCCCGGUAAAGGUGGAAAUCGCUUCUGGAAAUCUGUUGGUCUUGGAUUCAAGACCCCCAAAGAAGCCAUCGAAGGUUCCUUUCUCUCUGUAUUUAUAUAUCUCAGUGUUUGUAUAUAUAUGGAGUGUCUUCGAGAGUGUGUUGAUGUUUGGUUUUGAAUGUAUAAAUGUAGCCUUUUGAAGGAGAUGAGUGAUGAACACACUUUGAUAGCGAAUUGAUGCAAAUCAAAAUUAGAGAAAGAUAGAAAUAAUGCAAUAGAAUACUACUAGAGCAUUUUGGA